AUGUCAACCUACCUGAUCUCAGCAGCAACGGGCCAACAGGGCGGCCCCUUGGUGGACAGCCUCUUAGCCGCUGGGGUGAAGGUUCACGCAGUCGUGAGGGACCUCUCAUCACCAAAAGCAAAAACACUUAAAGACAAAGGCGUGCUCAUCUGGGAAGGCACCCACGAAGAACCUGACGCCUUCCGGGCCGCGGCCACUGGCGUCAGUGGUUUCUUCCUUAACCUGUCCGCCUUUGAACCUGGUGUGGCCAAGAAACAAGCUGAAGGUGUCAUCGCUGCAGUCAAGGCUGGGGCUGGAGAGACUCUGAAGAGCAUUGUCCUAUCAUCCACUUCUCGUACGGCCGACCUCUCUAAGGAUCUUGCAACGCCAUCAUCGAUUCAUCCUUGGUUGGGCGGUUACUAUACAGCAAAAGCCGAAGUUGAAGCUGCCGUUCGAGAAAGUCAAAUUCGCCAUUACACGAUCCUUCGUCCACCAGUCUUGAACUAUGAUUUAUUGCUGCCACAUUCGGCUCAAGCACAUGGAUACCCCCGGCUUCCGACAGAAGGGGUCCUGGUAACCUCUUUGGAUGAAGGUUUAACUAUGCCUUACCUCGACGAGGUUGAUGUUGGCAAAUAUGCUGCGGCCGCACUGCUGGAACCAGAGAAAUUCAGCGGCCACGAAUUCGAGAUUGCAGGUGACAAUCUCUCAGCUCAGGAAGUGCGCGACGUUUUGGCUCGUGUGAGUGGUAUCGAUAUUAAAUUUCACAGACGCACGCCUAAGGAAGUCGAGGCUGCACAGAACACGGAGUUCUUCCAGGUCUUUGAAAAGCUGACGAACCUUCGUCCACACGAGGUGGAUGUCAAGGCAUUGGAAGAGAAGUAUGGCAUCAAGGUGGCUAGUCUCGAGGAUUACAUGCAGAGACACAAAGAGAAGUUGUUGAACUCACUUCCACCGCGAGCGGCCGCGGCUUUGUGA